AUGCCCUCCGCCGAGUCCAUCCUCCAGCAGGCAGCCGAACAUGGCUCGCUCGACUCAGCAGAGUGGCCUGCCACGCUGCAGUAUAUACUCCAGCGCCUAGACGAGAUUGUCGCAGAAUUCCCCAAGCCACCUACGGAUGUCACCCCAAACCUGCCCGCAUCUGCAAUCACAGACCUGCCCUCGCGCCCAGGCACCUCCAACGCUCUUUCCAGUCAAGACUCGCAUGCCACCGACAAAGAAAAUGCCCCACCGGCGACUCCUCCCCGCCCGCCCGUGCCCUCCUUCUCCGCAGCAACCGAGCCUCAAGGUAUCCCAGCAGACAUCAACACCUUCUACUCGGCAAUACGUACCACCCUCGCCAAGAACUUUCCAAAGCACCCCCCGCACACCAUCCAGCGCCUAGCCGAACUCAUACUUGAGCCCAAGAAGCGCUACCGAUUCCUCCCACCUUACCUACGCGCUCUCGACCGUGUCGUCUCCGUGUCCUCGCCCCUCACCGUCUUCCCACUCCCACAAGCUGUUCUGCCUACUGCGAGCGGCCUGCUCAAUGGAGCCACAUCCAGCACCACGCCCCAACCAGCGCCCCUCGGUUCUGACGAAUCGCUAGGCGGCGCCUUGCUAACUCCCAUUCCUUGGUUGCAAAACCGAGGGCAGAACGAGUUGAUCUCAGAGAGCACAGAGAUGGUCGACGGACCCAAUGGUGCAGGCCGGAUAGAGACCGUGACUGUAGGCAUGCUGGCUAACACUGCACAACCAGAGAAUCCUACAAACGUAGCCCAGAUUGCCUCGUCACACCCCGAUGGUGAGACCCUGCCGUCUACUGGCCCAGUCACCCAGGGCGAACUGCUACGUCAGGAACAAGAGGCUGGAAUCGUGCUCAACAACCCCCACAGCAUAGCCACCAACUCGGCAAAGACUACCUUUGGCGACGUUCAAGGUGGGCCUUCCAUCAUGGAGACAGUUGAGGGUGAGGAGGAAGUUCCGCAUGCCCGUGGUCCAGAGAUUAUCGGAAUGGAAGACACAGGGCCCCAGCAAGAUGGCAAGCUCAAUAUUGAGGGUGCUGUUGGGAGGCCAAGUCUUGAUCGCAAAACCCCAGAGCCCUCUUCAUCCAAGGACAAAGACUCAAGCCAAGGAGGAGCAGAGAAUGAUGAUGCCAAGGGAUGUAGUGAAGAGUCCAAAGAGGGCACUGUAGUGGGGGAAAAAGAAACAGAGAAACGCGAUGUAGAGAUGAAGUCGGAUGAUUAG